GCCGGGUGCGCGGCGCUGGAAGUACCCACUCGGCGCUGGAAGCACCCGCUCGGCGCGUUCCGGGGCUAGUGGAGACAACAUGGGCAACCCUCAGACUGCACCCCUCAAGCUGUAGAUAUCACCUCUUUUGAUCACUGUUCCUGAUUGUGGCUUUGUCCAAGCAUUAAAUUGUGUGCCUUUUGUUCCUUGAAGAAAGAGCUGGUGCUAGCAACCCCCAAAUCCGGUGGGCCUCUGGACCCAGAUCAAAGCUCUGGAUUCAGCCUGUCCUCCCCAUACCUCAGCUGGAGCCUCUGUCACCCCAGAGAGCUCCAACCAAUCUUACUCUGAAGCCUUCACUUCCUCUCCUAAGAUGAGGUGCAGAGAAGUUGAAGCUUACCUGGUGCCACAGAGCAGAGCUGGAAGUAAUGGUUGUUGUAUUCCCUGACUUCCAGCUUAGAGUUAUUUCUACUUCAAACUAUUGCUUCUUGGUGAGUUAAUGUGGGAAAAAUCCUGGUAUUUUGAAGAUGUCUCGGCACAGUAUUGUUUCCUGUUUAAAUUACAAGUAAUUUCAAGAGUUUUCAGAAAAAAAAGAAAUUGGGAUUUUUUUGUUGUUAAAUCAUGCCAUCCGAACAGAAACAGUUUUUUGAUAAAAAACAAGCUACUUUAAAAAGAGAUUGUGAUGUGAAAAAUGAGAUUGUUGAUACUGUCACAUCAGUACAUAAACCAAAAAUUUCAGAAAGUAGUUUUCAUUAUAAACUGAAAAAUUUGAAAAUUGAUUUGCCGAAGAUAAAUAUUCCAGAUGAAGUCCUAUUGAAGCAUGAAGUUGACAAAUACAGAAAAUUAUUUCAGUGUAAACCACAGACUGCAAGAAAAUCUGUCAGUAUAAAGACUGUAAGCUGUGCAGAGGAAUGUAUGUUGCUCCACAAGUCUGAGAAAGUUGAAGAAGAGGGUAUAAAAAUGGCUGCAAAAAUACUCAAUUUCAACUGUUUAAAAUGCCGAGAUAGCACUCUAUAUAGCCCAAAUGAUUUGCAGAAACAUUUUCAAAUGUGGCACCACGGUGAACUACCUUCAUAUCCUUGUGAAAUGUGCAGUUUUUCAGCGAAUGACUUCCAGGUAUUUAAACAACACCGACGAACCCAUAGAAGCACUUUAGUAAAAUGUGACAUUUGUAACAAUGAGAGUGUAUAUACUUUAUUAGACUUGACAAAACAUUUUGUUUCCACACAUUGUGUAAAUGGUAGUUUUCAAUGUGAAAAGUGCAAAUUCUCCACCCUGGAUGUUGGCACAUUUGUUCAGCACAUUCAUAGACACGAUGAAAUCCAUUAUAAAUGUGGUAAAUGCCAUCAUAUAUGCUUUACCAAAGGAGAGCUUCAGAAGCACCUUCAUGUCCAUUCUGGUACACUUCCCUUCACUUGUCAAUAUUGUAGCUACGGUGCCACAAGGAGAGAGCACCUUGUAAGACAUGUUAUAACUUUACACAAAGAACACUUAUAUGCGAAAGAAAAACUGGAAAAGGACAAAUAUGAAAAAAGGAUGGCAAAGACUUCAGUAGGACUUAAGCUAAUACUGAAAAGAUACAAAAUAGGCGCAUCCAGGAAGACAUUCUGGAAACGUAAGAAAAUCAACAAUGGAAGCGACCGAAGUAUAGAAAAAACCACGGAAGUGCUUAAAAAGGUGAACAAAACACGGGCCAAGUCUGAAGACCGGAGCCAUCUUACUCAAGAACAUUUAAAUGAAGAAAAGGAUGAACGACUACGCCGUGGGAAUAAUGAUAAACCUGCUGUGUCAGAAUCAGAAAAGCCAGCUCUUCUGCCCACUGGGCUGUGGAAUAAAGCUGAAGAGGGACCCAAUCCUACUUCAGGUCUCUUGAAGACUGCUGUACAAGGACCUACAGUGUUAAUGGUGAAAAAUAAUAAAAUAACAAUCCCAGCUAACUAUAGUGCGAAGUUUAUGGGCUUCAAGAUGGUAGAUGGGAAACAACAUAUUGUAAUAAAAUUGUUGCCUACCAAUAAACAGAAUGUAUAUUCACCAGGCUCACAGUCAGAUGCUGCAAAGGACAGUACUGCUAAUUCGCAGCCCCAGACUUUGGACACCACUGGAUUUUUAACCAGAGUAACAACUAUGUUAAGUGACACAGUUUACAUGAAAGCAGCUACUCCAUUUUCAUGUUCAUCUCCUAUACUUGCAGGGAAAGUAACUUCAGAAAAAGAAAUGGCUUUGCUCUCUCAAACAAGUAAUAUGCUUCAAACAGUAGGUGAUGAAAAAAGUGUAUCUUCUUUGCCAACAUCAUCAGAAUUAGUUACAACAUCAGUGAAUUUGACCACAAAAAUUGAAACAAGAGAUAAUGUUGACUUAUGGGGAAGUCAUAUUACUCAGAGUCACCCUGAAGUGUCAGGUACUGCCAUUAAAAGUCCAGAUAAAGUCAACUGUGCUACCAAACCAAAUGCAUACAACAGUGAAGAGAUGCAUAACUAUUGCGUUAAUUAUGUCAACUCUGAGUCACCUGUUGAAUCUUCCAACCAAGGAUCAUUACCUUUUCAUAAUUACUCAAAAGUGAAUAAUUCUAAUAAACGUCGUAGGUUCUCAGGAGCAGCAACGUGUGAAAGCCCUCAAAGAGACUCUUCAUCGAGCAAGACGGUCAUUCAACAGCCAAUAAGCGAAUCCGUUUUAUCACUAGUGAGGAAGGAGAGCUCAAACCCAGAGAGCCUCUUAGCAUCUGUUAGCCUUUUAAAUACUAAAGAUGAAACUUCAAGAACUCAAGCUGAAAUUGAAGACCCGUGUAUUUUAGAAAAAGGACCAAACAUUGAUGGACAGACUCUAUUCACGAAUGAAAAUCAACAUUUAGAGGGCAUGACUGAAAAAUCAAAAUGGGGUGACGUUUCCAGUGCUGGGUCACCUUUGAUGCCUAGGAUCACAUCUGUAUUCUCUCUCCAGAGCGAACAGGCUUCAGAAUUUUUGCCACCGGAAGUAAACCAGUUACUUCAGGAUAUAUUAAAAAUAAAACCUGAUGUAAAGCCAGACUCCAGUCAUACUCAAGAUAAAGACCUGCCACUUCAUUGUGACCAGUCGUUUCAGAAACAUGAGGGAGAAGGCAGAAUUGUUGAAUCUUCCAAAGACUUAAAGAUACAAGACAUCAUCUCACUUCCACCUGGUAGUGUGGGGAUGCAUGUGCCUACAGAUGAUCUGAAUUUAAAAUGUAGUGGCAAAGAAGCACAAAUGCCGUCAGGGUCCCAAGACGUGCGCGAUUCAGAGAAGACACCUAGAAUUCCAGGUAUUGGCACACUACUUAAGACUCAGUCAGAUGCAAUAAUAACACAGCAGCUCGUAAAAGACAAACUCCGAGCCACUACACAAAAUGUAGGUUCUUUGCACAUGCAGAGUCCACUUGUAAAUUUAGAACCAAAAAAGACCCUCUUUGUUCAGACUCCAAAAGGCUUUUUUGUGCCAUUGCACAUUGCUAACAGGCCUGGACUACAUGUCGUUUCAGGAAAACCAGUGGUUAAUACUCAAUGCGUCCCUGCUUGCCUUCUUUUAAACAAGAAACCUGGGAUGAUUUUAACAUUUAACAAUGGGAAAUUUGAAGGUGUUAACACUGUCAAAACUGAGAGUGCUCCAGCUUGUGGAACUACAACUAAAGAGACGUGCAGAACGCCUGUUUUAAAGGUGGAACCAAGCAAUAAUUGUCUGACACCUGCACUUUGUUCCAGCAUUGGCAGUUGUUUGAGCACGAAAAGUAACUCAGAAAAUACUUCGCCAUUAAAAAACCCUUACAUUAUUAAAGCAUCAGCAAGUUCUUCCAUGAAAGCUGUUCCUACUCCUAAUACACUAUCUGAGCAUCAGGGCACUAAGUCGAAUAUCUUGGAUUCAGCAAAACAGCAAAACGAGAUUUUUCCAAAACCACCUCUUUAUACUCUCUUGCCUGAUGGCAAACAAGCUGUUUUUUUAAAGUGUGUGAUGCCAAAUAAAACCGAGCUGCUUAAGCCUAAAUUAGUCCAAAAUAGUACUUAUUAUCAAAAUAUACAGCCAAAGAAACCUGAAGGAACACCACAAAAAAUAUUGCUGAAAAUUUUAAAUCCUGUUUUAAAUGUGACUGCUGCUAAUCUGUCAGUAAGCAACUUUGCAUCCUCAUUGCAGAAAGACAGUGUACCAUCUAAUCAGAUUGCAGGAGCAGAGCAGAAAGAGCCAGACUCGUCUAGAGAUGCCUUACCCUUCUUACUCGAUGAUAUAAUGCCAGCAAAUGAAAUUGUGAUAACUUCUACUGCAACAUGCCCAGAAGCUUCUGAGGAACCGAUAUGUAUCACUGACCAUUCAGAGGCCAGAGUGUUGAGGUGUAAGACAAAUUGUACAAUUGAGAGAAGCUUUAAUAAAAAAAAGACUUCCAAAAAAAAUUUUACAAGACUAAAAACUCGUGUAAGAAGUAAAGAUUCUGAAACUGCCUUUGUAUCUAGAAACAGAAGCUGUAAACGAAAGUGUAGGGAUGGUUACCAAGAACCUCCAAGAAAGAAAGCAACAUUACAUAGAAAGUGUAAAGAAAAGGCUAAACCUGAAGAUAUCCACGAAUCAUUUGGAUUUAGCAGACCUAGGCUUUCAAAAGAUUCAAUUCGAACUUUGCGACUUUUCCCCUUUAGUUCCAAACAGCUUGUGAAAUGUCCCCGGAGAAACCAACCAGUUGUGGUGUUGAACCACCCUGAUGCAGAUGCACCAGAAGUAGUAAAUGUAAUGAAAACUAUUUCUAAAUUUAAUGGACGUGUACUUAAGGUUUCAUUGUCGAAAAGAACUAUCGAUGCUUUACUGAAACCUGUUUUUUGUAACCCUCUUAAAACAACUUAUGGUGACUUUUCCAAGAGGCACAAAACAUUUAAACCUGUUAGUUCUGUAAAAGAAAGAUUUGUGCUAAAAUUAACACUCAAAAAGACAAGCAAAAACAAUUACCAGAUUGUGAAAACUACCUCUGAAAAUGUUCUGAAGGCUAAAUUUAACUGUUGGUUUUGUGGUAGAGUAUUUGACAAUCAGGAUGCUUGGGCUGGUCAUGGGCAGAGACAUUUAAUGGAAGCUACUCGUGAUUGGAAUACAUUAGAAUAAUUUACUGUAACUAUCAGGGCAAAGAAAAGGAAAACAUUAAAAGAAAACAGCAGAUUGAAUUACCUUAAUGCCGACAUUUUCUACUUCAAUAUAGUACCUGAAAUUAAACAUUUAAAAGUUGGUUAUAUUUCCAUAGGAGAGAAAAAGUUUAUGUGUGAUAUUUGAAAACGCUAUCACUACACACAUAACUUUUGAAAGAAAUUCAUCACAGCACAGAUUUGAUUUUUUAAAAACGUGUUCUUGGGAAGUUAGGGCUAAAGAAAAUUUUGAUAAAAGAGUUUUCCAAUUUAGUUCUUUAGUGACUUAGUAGAGGGUAACGGCCGACAGCCCCACUCCUUCUCUUCUUUCACCAGCCUUAUAUGUACCUGGUAAGUAUAGCUUCUCUGAAGAUGGAGAGCUCUUUCACCAUGGAACUGAGGAGUUUCUCAUCAUUUGUGAAGAUAUGCUAAGAGAGCAUAGGUGAAGGACUUACUCUACAUCUGCUUAAUACAGUUCUUUUGAAGGGUAUAAAUUCCUUUGAGAAUACGCUUAACUCACUACAAUUACAGUUACACCUCAUGAUGCUUGAAAAGAGUUUUUGACAAGUACAUUUUUUUUUUCCUCAUAAGCUGUGUCCCGUGUCAAGAGAUGGGACACCCUCCCAAGGUGAUUUUCUUUUUCUAUAUGGCUAUGUCAAGCAUUGCAGUAGACGGUUAGCCUUGAAAGAAGAAUUAAACUCUCUUGGUCUAGAAUGAAGUCCAAUUAAAGAACCUCAACAUUUCUGAAUUUGAUUAUAUUCUCCGGUGAUCCCCUUACAUAGAACUAUGCUUAUUUGAUUUAAAUUGUUUGUCCCCCAUAAAUCAAAUGGCCAAUUUUUCUUGGUUGCCAUCCCGCUAAAAAGAGUGGAAUAUAGAAGCACUUCCAAGAGAAUGGCUUUUCUCGAAAACUAGAAAUUAUUCCACAGAAACAAUAUUUUGAAGCAAGAUUAGCAAAGGAAAUCAUUUUCACCUGUUUUAAUUAUUAUACUGUCUGAAUGUGUCCACAUUGGGACAAACCAUUUUUGUUAGCAACUUGUCAGUAUGACAGACAAUCCAAAACAGAUUAUUUACUGAUUGUUGGCAGUUGAAAAUAAAGAAGCAUUAACAGUGGACUCAGUGGCAGUGCAUAAAACUUCAGGACAGAUUCCUAAGGGACAUGCCCGACAGAGGAAUAGUUUUAAAAUGAAUAUUUUCACAACAAUGACAGAAUCAGUAAUAUAAACUUUUCACUUUUAAAUUUGGAUCAAAUUUUGUUGGAUCAUUGGAUAAUAACAGUUCUUGUAUUGCAAAAUUACAUACUAUAUAAUUUUUUGUUACAUUGUUACUACAAGUGUUAAUGACAUUUUCAUUGAAAACUUCAGGGCUUCUUUUCUGUAUAUAAAAAAGAAUUUAAACCUGUACAUAUUUUUGUACCUUUCAGUUUGUUAUGUAAAUUUUGCACAGAAAGUUUUUGACAUAAAAAGUUUAUUUUUUUUCAAUUUAGUUCUGUGCAUGCACUAAUAAAACUUUGUUUAAUUUGAAAGGAAUAUAUAAGACUUUACCCAUGUUAUUUUCUUGAUUUUUAUUUCAGAAGUAGAAUUUUUUUGGGGGGUAAAUUCAUUUUUCAGGGAUUGAACACUAUUGUUAGCAAAGUGCCUAAAAGAUGUGAAACAGUUUACAUAUGUCAACUGUAACAGUAGGUCCCAACUGGGCCCAUUUCCCCAAUAGUUUUAUUUUAAAGAAAGCCAUACGUAGAUGCUUCAAGCUAUCUUGCUAUGCACAUUAUACAUGUACUGUGCAGUUUUGUGCAGUUUGUCUACUUUCUUAGUGAAGUAUUUUUUUGUAUAAAACAUGUUACAAUUGUGUUUCUUAAAUUGAGCCUAAGAAUGGAGUUGAUUGGAAAUAUACAGUAUAUAUUAAUAAUGUAUAUGGUGUUUAAAGACUGGUAAGCAUUCUUAAUUUCUGUAAUGAAUGUUUUCAAUUAAAUUUAUCUUAAGUUUUGUGUUUACACAAUAUCUUUUUUACUGUGCUAAAAUCGAAUGGGAGUUUUAUUCUAAUGGGAAUUACUUAGUUUCAAAUGUUUUUUUUGUUUUUGUUUUUUAAUACUAGUAAACUAUGCAAAAUAAAGUGGAAAUCCCCCCCCCAAAAAAAAAAAUCACAGGUGAAAUUUUGUUUGAGAAGGGUAUGGUUGUGUUGGUAAGGAAACACAUAGAGAGAGGCUUAUGCUCUUCAAUAGUCGAACAGCAAUAACAUUGAAAUACUCUGUUAUGGAUAGAUCUGUUAUGAUGCAUCGCCUUAUGUGAAUAGAGAAGAGAGAAAGAACUAUCUUGCCAAUCAACACUAUAAAAAUACAUAUCAGAAUAGGCAUUCCAGUACAAAAUGUCGAGACACAUACUUUUUGCCUUAAAGUUUUAAAAGCCAUUUAAAAAUAACUGCAUGCCCCAGAAAACUCUAAUUAGUACUUCUUCUGACUUUGUUAACUUAGCUUAUUCUGAAGGAGGCAAACCUGCUUCGAGCUGUCUUAUUGCCAGACCAGAAAAUCUAAAAAACAAAACCCUUUAUCCUUUAUUUUCUUUCGGCUGAAACUGAACUAAAGAUGGCUUUCCAAAAUACGAUCCUCAGUGGUUUGAGGUACUUUUUACAACUGGAAGAGUUAGUUUUAUUUUUGCAGUCCAGCUUCUGGGUUAGGAAUUUGUUUCAUUUUCCUCCAUUUGUCUAUCUCCAUUGAAAUAGGCUUCACUAUUUGGCAUUCACUUAAAAAUUAGUUUUUUAAAAGAGUUUAUUAUUUUAUAAACAGUAGCACAGAUUGAAACAAUGGUUUUUUAUGAAAAAUUUUGGUUUUGUUAAAGGGUCAGUGAAGUUCAGUAAAGGGUCAGAUAGUAAGUAACUUAGUCUUUGUAGGCCAUUUAAGUGUGUCAUAACUACUUAAAUCUGUCAUAAUGCAGAAACAGCCAUAGAAAAUACAUUAAUGAAUGAGUGUGUUUUUACAAAAAAAUUCAUUUUUAAAAAUAGGCAGUGGGCCAAAUUUAGCCCACUAGUUUACCAACCUUUCCUGUCUCAAAAUUCUCUUAAAGUGGGAUUUUUAUUAAAAACAAGUUUGAUUUUUGUGAUGUACACCAGUUGUGUAAAAGUCACAAAGUUUAAAAACUAAAAUAUAUUUGUAUAAAGUUACCAACUUAGAUGUGUCUUUUUUGAAAGCGUAGAUGCAAUGAAAAUGAUGACUGGGUGAAUAGAUAGGUCACUUGUGUGCUAAGGGUAAUGCAACUUAUGGAGGGAUUAAAAAUGAAAUCAAACAGAUUACUGUCAGAAUUUAUGUUCAGGUUAGAUAAGAAAUAGAAACGAGUUCUUUUAGUGAUUUGAAUAGCUCAUGAAAAUGUAAUAGGAAUUUUUGGGAUAGGGGAGAAUGGAAUUAAGCUGAAAGCAGAAUAUUGUAUUAAUUCCAUACAGCUAAUUCCUGAAUUUUUAAAUUUUUUAUUUAUUUUUUAUUAUAGAUAAGUGAUUCCUUUUCACCACUGAUAUCUGCUUACUAAGGAUAUGUCCCAUUUGUGCUGGGGUAUUGGCUCUGUUCCUUGCCAUAGCAAUUUGUUAGGAUCCUUGUUUUCAGCAAAGCUCUUGACUUAAUUGAUGAUCUCAUCUAGUGAAACUUGCUGGAGGGAUUUUCAGGGCAUUGUUUGUUGCUAGUUAAGAGCCUGGUGUUCACUAGCAGAAAGCUUUUCCUAUAAUGGAGAGUUGAGAUAUUGUAGAAUCAGCUUGGUUGAUUUUAGUGUUAAUUGAUUCAAGUAUGCUUCUGUUAAUAACUGGACAAUUGAGAAGUACUAUCUUGGGAAAGGUGUUUAACAAAGUCUUAUUUGAAUAAUUGUUUGACUAGUUCUCUAUCUAAUAGGGCUUCUAUUAAUAAAUACCCCAAAUUUAAGAAUCUUUUUUCUUUAAAAAAAUGAAUGUCAUGACUGUAAACUUUGGAGUAAAUAGUGUCGGAAGAAUGUUAACAUAAUGUCCCAUCAAUUUUAAAAAUCGUGGUUUUAGUCAAUCUCAAGAUGUACUUACAAAAAAAUACUCAUUCCUGGUAAAGACAGUUAUAAUACGUUAAAAAGAAUUCUUCCUUAAUACUUUAGAGCCCUUCAAAACUGAGGUUAUGUUUAGGUUGAAACUCAAAUUGCUUCUUUCAAUUAAGGAGUGAAACAAGAUACCUGCUAUCAUCUGUUAUUUCAUGCUAAUAUAAAAGGAUAGGAAAGCAAAAUGAAAAACUUGGAGAGACCAAAAUACUAUUUGCAGAUGACUUGAUUUCAAUAUUUUGAAAAUCCAAAGGAGUACAUUGAAAAGGAGCUUUCCUGAACACUUGACAAUAAUCAUUUGGGAAACAAUAAAAAGACCCAUUUAUAAGAGUCACAAAAUAAUAAAAGUGAAGCUGCCAGAAGAAAAACCACAAAACCUACCUAACUGGGAGAUAUACAGUGUUUAUCAGGGUGUAAGAUGAAAUAUAUCCGUUUGGUAGAUCUCAUUUUUCACACCUGUGUCCCGUAGAAAGCUUAUAUGGAGUGGGUGGUGGCAGCUGGCUAGUGGUGGCUAUUGCUGUACUCCCAACUCCUGCAAUAUAGAGAGAAUCAAGGCAGGGCAGCCACUGAAUGGUACAGUCCCCCUUUCCCACACAGCUCUGUUGCAAGAGACCUGCCCUGGUGGGCUUGGCAGCCGAGUGGCAGCUUACAUCUCUCCCAGCUUUCCUGGGCACAAGUGCUAUUCCAUGUAUAUUGAGCAGCUGGUGAAAUUGGCAGAUUGCAUCCUUCCUGGUUCUGAGCUAUAGAUCCAUACUGGGAGGUGGCAGCAGAUUUUCCCUGGUGCCCUCCCCCAACCUCCAACACAGCUGUGCUGCAGGGAGGAUCUGGGGUCACAUUCAGUGAAGAGCCAGUUUCCCAACACUCCAUACCCCCCCCUUCCCCCCCAUCCCUGCAACCUGCUCCACAGCUCAAAGGCAUAGAGAUACUGCAGGGGAUGGUUGGAGUGAGCUUCAAAGACUUGACAAUACUCUGGUUAUUACAAGGGGCCUAACUAUCUGGAACAGACUGGAGCAAUUUAUACCCCAGAGUAUUUUGAAUACAAUAGAGCAAUUAGCUAGCAAAUACAGUUGGUGGUGAUACCAAUAGAUACUGGCCAGAAGCUUAAAGACAAGAUCAGGGAGAGAGACAGAGUGGAUAAACCACAGAUAUCCCUUGAGAUCAGAAAGAAUGUGUGCAUACUCAGUGCUGCAACCACAUAGGAGCAACCAGAGAGGGAACGUCUGAGCUCCAAGUCCCUGGCUGAAUGUAGGGCAACUUGCAAACCCUAGACAGUGAAAGCAGUUUCUAAGCCAUACACAGAUCCAUCGGUAAAGAGUUUGUAAGUCAGAUUCAGGGGGCUUAAUCUAUGAUUAAUCAGUCCCUGACCACUAAAUGGUGCUAACUCAGAAGCAACCCUAGGAAGUCAGGCUUAAACAUAAGGGGUGGAGGGGGUGGGGUGGGGAGGUUGAACAGUGACAUCAGAGGCUGCACACUGUGAGCGGAAAUAGACUUGGUGGAUUAAUCCAACCAAAUCACUAAAUAAAAACAAGCCCAGAGUUAGGGAGGAGGACCAGUAUGCAGAGAUCCUACAAUAUGUUACCUAAAAUGUCCAGUUUUCAACACAAAAUUAUGAGGUAUUCAAACAAACAAAAAAAACCAGGUAGGUGUGACACGGGAAAAAGGUACUAGAAACUUCCUUUAAGGGGUUCCAGAUGUAGGAUACUCGUAAAUGUUAAGCAGCUAUUAUAUCUGCUGAAAGACUUAAACCAGAUUUAAAGAAAGGAAAAUAUGCUGACUGUGUAUUAUCAAAUAGAAAUUAUUUUUAAAAAGAACCAAAUGAAAAAUUUGAGGUUGAAAAGUACAAUAACCAAAGUGGAAAUUUUACUAGAGAGAGGCUCAACAGUAGAUUUGAACUGGUAGAGUAAUCAGCAAACCUGAAGAUAGAUUGGUAGAGAAUAUGAAAUCUGAAGCACAGACAGAAAAAAGAAUAAAGAAAAGCAAUCUUCCUCACUAAAUACACAAAAAUGAACUCAAAAUGAAUCACAAACCAAAAUGUUCGCACAAACUAUAAAGUUUACAGGAGAAAAUAUACAAGUAAAUAGCUGUGACCUUUCUUUAGGCAAAGCCUUCUUGGAUAUGAUAAAAUCAGAAAUAAAAAUUUAAAAAUAGACAAAAGGAUAUAUAGAAUUUUUAUUAGAAGAGAUCGUAGAGCUGAUCUAUUUCAUCUAGUUUGGAUUAAUAUCAAUUUCAACAAUAAAAUUUUUGCCUUAUAUAGCUUCAUUCUCCCCCCUCACACACACACUUUAUUGUCACAAAUUUAUAUCUAUAAAUUGUGUGCCCAUCAGCACAGAUUUAUAAUGAUUGCUUUAUGUAUUUGUCUUUUAGGAGGGGGGAAGUUACAAAUAAAAAAUACAUUUCCUAUGUCUUUUA